AUGUCAGCAGAACGGCCGUCAACACCUCCUCGGCAAAGUUUUGCUGAGCCGGGCCAACUCCCUCGUGGCCCUCUGACGCCCGAACAGCAACGAAAGAUUGAAGUGAACCGAAUGAAAGCGAAAGCCCUUAGAGAACAACGUGAAGCCGAACUGUCUCAAAGCCCAAGCUCUGCCGCUACGCCUCGUGCCGCCCAACCUAUUCAAGGAGUCAAACGUUCUUUCAACUCGAUGACCGUGGCUGAGCCUCCGGCUUCUGUGCGGGAUGCCCGUACAAACACAGUUUCUGAUCGGUCGCUCGAUGCGAUCAAACCGGCACGCAAUUUCACUCGAUACGUCGAUUAUGAUUUCAGCAAGAUGACUGAUACCAAGGGUGGCUUCCUAACGCAGGAGGAUGACCCAUUCAACAAGGCGUUGCACGUGUCGGAUGGUAGGGAGGAUCAAAAGCCGGCAAACAUGACCCAGAAGGAAUGGGAGCGUCACCAACUACUCCAGUCUUUGCGACGGAAUCGCGAAGGGCCUUUCGAGCCAGGCUUAAGUGUUCUGGACGAUAAAAGCAAGCAAAAGACAUGUCGCGAGUGUGGAAGUUUAGAAAUUGAUUGGAAGUGGGAGGAAGAGCUCCGAUGUCGCAUUUGUCAUUCGUGCAAGGAAAAAUUCCCCGAUCGGUAUAGCCUUCUCACCAAGACGGAGGCCAAGGAGGACUAUCUACUGACGGACCCUGAAUUACGGGACGAAGAGCUUCUUCCCCACCUCGAACGGCCGAAUCCGCAUAAAUCGACAUGGAAUAACAUGAUGCUGUAUCUGCGCUUUCAGGUCGAAGAAUAUGCAUUUUCGCCGAAGAAAUGGGGCUCUGCUGAGGCUCUAGAUGCCGAGUUCGAGCGACGGGAGAAUGACAAGAAGAAGCGACGAGAAGCCAAGUUCAAGACAAAGCUGCAGGACCUUAAGAAACGUACGCGCGUUGAGGCCUACCGACGAAAUCGGAAAGGAGCUUCGGGUGGAGAGUUCGGGGAUGACCUUGGCAAUAAUCGGAAGCACGUACACCAAUGGGGUCGAUCCGUUGAGAAUCCGGAAACUGGCAUCGACGUCAAGACCUGUGUGGACUGCGGCAUGGAGGUGGAGGAGCUGGAAUUCUAA